AUCUUAAAUCUAAUAAAUUAUUUAGCCACUGACGACAUCGCGACUGCUGGGGAAAUUGGUAUCCCACAUUUCUGAGGCUGAAAACCAUAUCAUUUUUCUUCGUUUGGGAUAUAUUUUCACAGGAAUUGGGUAGUUCUAGGUUUUGGUAAAGUUUUUGAACAUGACUGGGUAUCUUGGAGACCUUUCGAAGUCUCAACAGAGUUCGCUCAACCUGUUCAAGGAAAUGCUAUCCAAAGAGACAGUCACAGACGAGAGAACGCUGUUGAGGUACUUGAGAGCUCGAAGCUUUGACGUCCAAGGGGCUCAUAGGCAGUACGUAGCUACGUUAGAAUGGAGAAAGGAGAACAACGUCGACCAGAUCCUGGAUAAAUCUAGACCACUGGAUAAGGAGAUGCGAAACAUAAUGUCCAGCGGUUUUCAUAGCCACGAUAAACAAGGCAGACCGUGUUAUAUCGAAUAUACUGGACGGACGGAUGUGCUAGCCUUAAUCAAGUUACCGAUAGAUCAAGUGAUUAAGAGACAUAUUUGGAACUGUGAACAACAAAUUGCAAGAAUGAAUGAAACAUCUAAGAAAAUGGGCUUUCCUGUGGAGACUAUGGUUCAUAUACACGAUAUGACUGGCGCAUCUCUUACGUUAAGAAAAGCCCUAACUUUAUUUAAAAAGUUAGCCAAACUAGAUCAGGAGUAUUACCCAGAGAGAAUGGGAAAAAUAUUUAUUGUCAAUACUUCAUGGAUGUUCCCAGUGUUAUGGAAGAUCGCCCGCGUGUUCCUUGACCCCAAGACCAGAGCAAAGUGCGUGGUUCUUAAGACAGGAGAAAUAAACAAACUUUUAGAAUACUUCGAUGCUGAGCAACUACCCGAAGAUUUUGGUGGGAUAUGUAAAUGUGAAGAUGGGUGUCUUCCGCCCAUCCCCAAACACAUGAGAUAUGUAGCGGAAGCACCAUCACUCACAGAACAGACGAUAGGUCCAAGAAAAGUUUUCGAGAAAGGUUUAGAGUGUAUAAAUGACGGGGAUUCUAUAGCUUGGUACUUCACAAGUUCCAGUAAGGAUGUCAGAUUUGGAGUCAAGUUUAAACCCAGACCCCACUCUGGCUGGAAGGAUCGAAUGAAUGACAUAGCAGAGAUCUGGGUCGUAGAGUCGGAAUAUGUGUAUGAAAAUGAUUGUGUUACAGGGUUUUACACGCCUCCUUGUCCAGGAAUAUGUAUUCUUGUAUGGGAUAAUCUAGACAGUAAAUGGCUAUCAAGAACUCUAAAGUAUCAAGUGAUUGUAAGCGAAGCAGAAGCCGAUUCUGAAGAAGAAAAUAAUUCCAAUGGGAUAAAUCACAAGCGUACGGCAGUUGGUACUUACGUUUAAUGAAUUUAAAACAUCUUGAUUGAUCUUGGUGUUAUGGAAGGACAGUACUUUGCAUUGUGCAAGGCAGGCCGAUCUAGAGGGCAUUCACCAGGGAGUAAUGCUGUGCUUUUUUUAAAGCAAUAUGUUUUGAUAUUUUGAUAUCAGAGAUUGAUUGAAGCUUUUAAAGCAUGCUUCAUAAUUAUUAGUUUAGUAAUAUAUUUGCGUAUUCAUUAAUGCUUUAAGUUAAGGCAAGCAAAAGUCAAGGCAGGAACUUGUCUCAAUGUUAUCCAAAGAACCACCUUAGGUACCCCUACACCCACUUGUCACUUAUCACCACCGCAAACACCACCUUUACUAUUACCCAACUUUUUUCAACUAUCAUUACGCUUAUUGCUAUCCAACUUAUCAACUAUCGCUUCCGAUACCACUAUACUACCACACUCACUAACCUCCACCAUCACUCAUGACCCCAUUCAGUAAUAUUACUACCACUAUUCCCACUUGUCACAACCACUAACAACACCUUUACUUCUACUCCAACUUUUCACCCACAACCACCUUUCCUACUACUCUUCCCACUUGUCUUUCACUACCACACUCACUAACCACCACCAUCACUCAUGACCCCAUUCAGUAACAUAACUACCACUACUGCCACUUGUCAGCAACCACGAACGCCACCCAUAAUAUUGGUACGCCUUUUUAUACGCUACUACAGCUGUAUCAUUACUACCACCUAUGCCACUUGACACCCACCACUACAGAUUAAUAUGUUCAUUUGGGAGUCCCAUCAUCAUCACUACCAUUAUAUCUACCACUUAUUACUACUUAUAAACCUAACAAUAGCCCUCGUAGCAUGUACAGUAAUUACACAUAUUGAAAAUCAGGAAGGGAUUCAACCAAGUGAUAAUGUUAAAGCAGUACAACCAACCAUAGUUUAAUUCUAAGAAUUUAAUGAACUGUUUGCAGAUAUUUGCAAUAAUUUAAUGAAAUGUUUGAAUACAAAUUGAAAGCAAAAUAUUUAACAUUCACCCACGUGUUUAUACUCAGUACAUUUAUUUAAAUUCUGAAAUGUUGCAGAUUUUUUUCUUAAUAUUGUUGCAGAACUGGCAGAGCAAUGUAUGUUACUGAUCUGUGAGCUUAUUCAAUGACUUCAAAAACUAAAAAAAAAAAUUAAACAUGAAUAAAAAAAUUUGUGUAAAUCCAAACAUACGUAAUAGGAACAAACUUAAUUUCCAGUGAGAGAUACUCUUUUGCUAUUCCAUAUUUAGAAUUAUCUAUAAAAUUAUGCAUAUAUUCUAGAUGGAUUCACUUGACUAGAGUUUAGAAUAGUUAAAUAAAGUUAAAUUUAGUUCCAAA